UGUGAUUAAGCGGGUAAACAAACUCUCAACACUUAUCUCUUCGUACGAGAGAGUGGCGCAUAUGAAAACACGAUGCCAAAGAUAAUUUUAUAUUGUAGCGAGUCGUAAAUCGGAAGCUGCCACGUGAUACAUCUUAAAUUCCUGAUUUGGAAAUCAGUUGAAAACGAUUUGAUGCAACAACCUAACAUAUAAGGAAAGCAAAAACAGAGUAACCAAUUUCAUUUCAUAUUAUUUCAAAGAACCUGGCCUGAAUUUCUGGAGAGAUGGCUUUGACAGUAAAAGCUAAACCCUUUACGUUUGUAUCCCAUGUAUUGGGAGUCAUAGCAGCGGUUAUGGUAUUGGUUUGGUGUAUUCAUUUCAGAGGUGGUUUAGCUUUUUCUUCCUCCAACAAAAAUCUCAUCUUCAAUAUUCAUCCAGUUUUGAUGCUAAUUGGGUUCAUAAUCUUAGGAGGAGAAGCAAUAAUAAGUUACAAAGCUCUACCAUGGAGAAAAGAAGUGAAGAAAAAAAUUCAUUUAGUUCUUCACGCCGUCGCCUUAGUUCUUGGCAUCAUUGGUAUCUAUGCUGCAUUCAAGUUUCAUAACGAGAGCGGAAUCGCCAAUUUGUAUAGUUUGCAUUCGUGGAUUGGUAUCGGUGUUAUUUGCCUAUAUGGAAUUCAGUGGAUAUUUGGGUUUGUGGUGUUCUUCUAUCCCGGAGGGUCAAGCACUGUAAGGGCUGAUUCGGUUCCAUGGCACGCAUUGUUUGGAAUGUUCGUCUACGUAUUGGCAUUGUGCACAGCUGCAUUAGGCUUUUUAGAAAAACUCACGUUCCUUGAAAAUGCAGGCAUUGACAAGUACGGAUCCGAAGCAUUCCUUGUCAAUUUCACGGCCAUUGUUACUGUAUUAUAUGGUACUUUUGUGAUUUUAUCUGCUGUUUCCCCACACGAAGCCGUAGAUGAUUUCAGUUAUGCAGCAAUAUGACCGAUUAAUGUACAUUUGCUUUAUUAUUGAUUUGUGAUUAUGAACAUGAUUGAAGUUGUUAAUUGUAAUACAGGAUAAUGUAUUGCCAUGUUGCAUCAUUAAUUCUAGAAAUAAUUCCUGAAUUUCUAUUA